CACUACUGCAAAGUGCAAAAGCAGUCGAAGAAUUUGGGAGAAGAAAAGCAAUCGAAGAAGCCAAGCUAGAGAGGAGAAGGAAAUGGGAAAAUCGAAGAGAGCUCAGAGAAGAAGGCAACCUUGACUCAGGAAGUGGACUCGCGGCGGCGCGGACUCGCGGCAGCGGAGGAUGAGGCAGCGAGCGGAGGUCCAUCAGCGAGAAGAAUCAGAAGAAUUAGAUAUUUAGAUUAACAAUUAUUAGUUUUGCCACUUUUCCCACAUCGGUGGGAAAAGUGGCAUGGGAGCCUUGAGGCUUCUAUAAAAGGCGCCUCAAGGCCCCAAAUUUAGCGUACAGACCCAUCCGUUGAUGGGCGGAGCAAGCCAGACUGGCUCUUGCAUUUGCGGAGCCGGAAACGGCUAGUCUCCAUUAUAGUUUUUUUUUUUUUUUUGGGAAUUUGAAAUACUGUCUCUUCGCUUCGACGACAAUGGCUCUUGCCUUCCCCUUCGACGACAAUUGCUGCUUCUUCGCUUCAGGGAUUCGCUCGCUGUAUCCCAAACCCUCCCUCGCCACCAAAAUGGUCUGAUUCUCCGGCGACUUCCCGCCGUCCUCAGCCUCCGCCUCUCACCUCCGAUCCGUCGCUUUUCCGAUCCGAGUGUCAAUUUCUGCUGUGUUCUCACUUGUCGCUGAAAUUUUAGCUCGUUAUCGCUUCGGGCUAAGCUGCCAUGGAAGAUUCUCAGUCAGUUGAGAUACUCAUGCAUUCGACUACCUCAAAGAUCCAGCAACUGCAGAAAGCAUUUGCUGAGCUUGAAAGUCACCGCGCAAUUACCCUCAACAUGAAAUGGAAACAACUUGAAGAACAUUUUCAUGGUCUUGAGAAAUCUUUGAAAAGGCGUUUCACGGAAUUGGAAGAUCAAGAGAAGGAGUUUGAAACAAAAAUAGUUCAAUCUAAAGAGAUUUUGGAGAAGCGUGAAGCAGCUGUUGUGGCUAAAGAGAGAGCUUCACUUGAAAGGCUACAAGAGAAAAGAGAUGCUGCAGUUUCUGCCAUUUCCUUUGCUCUAGAAAAGCGCCGGAAGCCAUUUUCUGUGGAACCUACAGUUAAUAUUGCGAACCAACAUGAUUCAUCUGUUAUGCAAGAAAAGCCUCUUAAUGCAAUGGUCACAGAGAGUAACAUUGAAGAUAAUGGGGAGCAUUACGAGAAUGGAAAUGUGGAGGUGAAAUCUUAUCCUGAGUUAGUAAAGCUAUGCCAAGAGAUGGAUUCAGAUGGCAUCCACAAAUUUAUAUCAGACAACCGCAAGGACCUUGCUGCUAUGAGAGAGGAGAUUCCACCUGCUCUGAAGGCUGCAGCUGACCCUGCCUCUUUGGUUUUGGACUCACUCAAGGGUUUCUACAACUCAGAAAUAAUAAAUUCAGAUGCUAAAAAAGAUGCAAACCUCUUAGGUCUUCGGCGAACCUGUAUAAUGUUGAUGGAGUGCCUCAGCAGUUUAUUGUCAAACAUGAAAAUGGAGUCUAUUCCAAGAGUGAUCUCUGAAAGUGUGAAGGCUCGAGCAAAAACUAUUGCUGAAGACUGGAAACCAAAGUUGGAUGAUCUGGAUGUUGAUGCCAAUCAUGGGAACUCCUUGGAGGCUCAUGCAUUCUUACAGCUUCUAGCGACUUUUGGUAUUAACUCAGAUUUUGACCAGGAGGAUUUAACCAAAUUGAUACCCAUGGUUUCCCGUCGUCGUCAAACAGCUGAUUUAUGCCGUUCCCUUGGACUUUCAGAUAAAAUGCCAGGUGUUAUUAAUGUCUUGGUAAAUAUUGGAAGGCAAAUAGACGCUGUUAAUCUAGCUUUUGCCUUUGAGCUGACUGAGAAAUUUCCACCUGUUCCUCUACUGAAAUCUUAUUUGAACGAGGCAAGCAAGGCUCCUGGAAAAUCUGGGAAUACACCCACUGUACAGAAUGAUAUAAAUGAGAAGGAAUUGAAUGCACUGAAGGCUGUGAUUAAAUGCAUCGAGGAUCAUAAUCUUGAGGAGCAAUAUCCUGUGGAUCCCCUCCAAAAACGAGUUCUCCAGAUGGAGAAAGCCAAGGCAGACAAGAAAAGGGCAACUGAAGUUCCAAAACCUCAACCCAAAAGACCCCGUGCUAAUGGUGUUUGCCAUGGUUCCCGAGUUGCUAACGUUGCCACUGACAAGAACUUCUACGCUAGAACCACUGACAGGUACCCACCGUGCUUGUACGAGAGACAGUACGCCUACACUGGACCAACCGACACCCAUAUCCCCUCGUUCAUGGCUACUCCUGCUUACAAUCUCCCUGGGCAUGGCAACUUCUUUGCAAAUGGCUACCAUUACCAGGCAACUUACCUGCACUAAUUACUAGAGCGCUGAACUUGGUUACCUUUCUAGCUGUUAGUCCUUAACCCCCUCUGAGUUUGCUUAAUUUGAACCGUAUGAGUAAUUUUAUUACUGAAAAUUGCCGACUUGUUAAUUUCUAGUCUAUUGUAAAAGCUAAUGCUGUAAUGUUUUAAUAUGCACCACCGUACAUGUUUAUAUUUCAUUUUGGCUCUCUAGUGUUUUCUUUUGUUUUGCUGUUUUA